GAAUUUUUAACCGAAACUAGUGACAUCUAGACGAUUUCUCUUUCCAUUUAAGUCAUUUGACGGCUUCGCUUUUGCCGUUUGUGGCCGUUUGCUUCGUUUUCCUCUUUUCUCGUCACGCACGUGUCUGUGUGGCGAACGAAUUCCAUUUUUUGGCGCACAAAGAAGUUGACAAUGCCGUCCGACGCAAAGAAAAAGCAGCAGCAAAAGAAAAAGGAAGCUGCAAAAGCCAGACAAACGGGUAAAAAACCAACGACUUCAGGUAAAACCAAUGAAAAUGGUAAAGAAGAAAGUCCUGUUCCUGGCGAUACUCAAAAUGGUACCAAUGGUACUAUACCUUUGAGUGCUGAAGAGGCACUUUGCUUGAAGUUGGAGGCGGAUGCACGACUCAAUGCUGAGGCACGAGCUUGUACAGGUUCAUUGGCAUCACAUCCACGCAGUCGAGAUAUUAAAAUUUCCACUUUUUCUAUUACGUUUCAUGGCUGUGAAUUACUUCAGGAUACAAUGUUGGAGUUAAAUUGUGGACGACGUUAUGGUUUAUUGGGUCUCAAUGGAUCUGGAAAAUCAACAUUAUUAUCGGUGCUUGGAAAUCGAGAAGUGCCUAUUCCUGAUUCAAUUGAUAUUUUCCAUUUGACAAGAGAAAUGCCGGCAAGUAGUAAAACUGCACUUGAAUGCGUAAUGGAAGUCGAUGAGGAACGUGUAAGAUUGGAAAAACUUGCCGAGGAACUUAUCGAAUGCGAAGAACAAGACGCGCAGGAACAAUUAAUGGAUGUUUAUGAAAGAUUAGACGACAUGGCAGCGGACACAGCAGAGGCAAGAGCUGCUCAUAUUUUGCAUGGUUUAGGUUUUACUGCAAAAAUGCAGAAAACACCAACCAAAGAUUUCUCCGGAGGUUGGCGAAUGCGUAUCGCUCUUGCAAGAGCACUUUAUGUGAAGCCUCAUUUACUAUUAUUGGAUGAGCCAACCAAUCAUCUAGAUUUGGAUGCUUGCGUAUGGCUCGAAGAGGAAUUAAAAACAUAUAAAAGAAUUCUUGUCAUUAUUUCGCAUUCACAAGAUUUUCUUAAUGGAAUAUGUACCAAUAUUAUUCAUCUUAAUAAAAAACAAUUAAAAUACUACGGUGGAAAUUAUGAAGCAUUUAUGAAAACAAGGAUGGAAUUAUUGGAGAAUCAAGCGAAACAAUAUAAUUGGGAACAGGAUCAAAUUGCUCAUAUGAAGAAUUAUAUUGCGCGAUUUGGUCACGGUUCGGCAAAAUUGGCUAGACAAGCUCAAUCGAAAGAGAAGACAUUGGCUAAAAUGGUUGCUCAAGGUUUAACUGAAAAAGUAGUUAGCGAUAAAGUUUUAAACUUUUAUUUUCCAUCAUGUGGAACAAUUCCACCGCCCGUUAUUAUGGUUCAAAAUGUCAGUUUUCGAUAUAAUGAUGACAGUCCAUUAAUUUAUAAAAAUUUGGAAUUUGGCAUUGAUUUGGAUACAAGACUUGCUUUGGUUGGACCUAAUGGAGCUGGAAAAAGUACAUUGUUGAAAUUACUCUACGGUGAUUUAGUACCAUCAUUGGGAAUGAUCAGAAAAAACAGCCAUUUGCGAAUUGCCAGGUAUCAUCAACAUUUACAUGAACUUUUGGAUCUUGAUAUUUCUCCUUUGGAUUAUAUGAUGAAAGCAUUCCCAGAUGUUAAAGAGCGUGAAGAGAUGAGAAAAAUCAUUGGCCGAUACGGUCUCACUGGUCGUCAGCAGGUCUGUCCGAUUCGUCAACUUUCCGAUGGACAACGUUGUCGUGUUGUAUUUGCUUGGCUAGCUUGGCAAGUUCCGCAUUUACUUCUUUUUGACGAACCUACCAAUCAUUUAGACAUGGAAACUAUAGAUGCACUUGCCGACGCGAUUAAUGAUUUCGAUGGAGGAAUGGUUCUAGUUUCUCACGAUUUCAGACUUAUUAGUCAAGUGGCUGAAGAAAUUUGGGUAUGCGAAAACACAACAGUGACAAAAUGGCAGGGCAACAUUUUGGAUUACAAGGAACAUCUUAAAUUAAAAAUUUUAAAAGACAAUCAGAAGAGACAAAAGGAGUUAACGAAUCGCACUAAAUAAUAAAAAAAAAUUUUUGACCGAAGUGUUCCUUCAAUUACCACAGAGGUUUUCUUUCUUCACAUUUAUUGUUCUUAAUCAAUUAGUACCGAUUUCGAUAGUUUGUAAUAAUUCUACAACAGCGAUCUCUUGUUCGUGCUGCUGUGUAGUGCGAAAGCAGAUCCAAAAUCCGAUCUAGAUAAUUUAUUUAACUGACAUAAAACAGGUAUUAAAAAAAAAAAAAAUUAGAUCUAAUUGCAAGUUUCACUAAUUUUUGAGAAACGUUGCGAAUUAAAAAGAAAUUGUAAGGUUUAAAAAAAAAUAAGCCAAUUGCUUACUGUGAAUAAUAAUAAUAAUAAUAAUAUUAAUAAUAAUUACGCAUGCUGACACAUUAAUUAAUUCACCAACUUCAAAUUGAGUUCUCGUAGAGAUUCUUUAUUAAAAACAUUUUCUUAAAAUUUUAUCAAAAAAUAUAACAAUUUGUUUUUUUUUCUUUUAGAAUUGUAUCAAAUUAAUCAAAUGUAAAAUUUAUUGCAUAAUUGACAAACCGAUAUUUAUGAAUUGUGUAUUUCAGAUUAAUAAAAAUUACACCAAUUUUUGGAAAAAAUUA